AUGCGUUUCUCAACUGUGGCUAGCAUUGGGCUCAUGGCUUCUGUGGCGUCGGCUGUGCCGCACCGCAAGAUUCGCCGUGACACCGGUCCUCUGAACGUUGUCUACUGGGGUCAGAACGGUGGUAGUGCCGUCGAGAACAACGAUAUGUCUACAUACUGCACUGGGCAAUCCGGAAUUGACGUUCUUGUUCUGUCGUUUCUUGAUACUUUCGGCAAUGGCCAAUUGAUUCCUAGCGGUACUUUUGGCCAGAGUUGCAGUGUUUCCAGCUCCGGUGAGGGCCAGGGCUGUGAGUCCAUCGGCUCGGCUAUCACGACGUGCCAGAAGGCGGGCGUCAAAGUGCUUGUCUCGCUUGGUGGUGCUUCUGGAUCUUACGGUUUGACCUCGCAGUCGGAAGCUGAGACCAUUGGUUCGAACCUGUGGUCUGCCUACGGCGGCGGCGGCAAUGGCUCCGUUCCUCGUCCCUUCGGUGAUGCCGCCGUCGAUGGCUGGGACUUUGACAUCGAAGUCAACAGUGGAAACGAAAACUACCAAUACCUGAUUUCGAUUUUGCGCUCCCACUUCACCCAAGACUCCAGCAAGACCUAUCUCAUCUCUGGUGCUCCGCAGUGCCCGAUUCCCGAGCCGAACAUGCAGGCAAUCAUCACCACCUCGCAGUUUGACUACCUCUGGGUCCAGUUCUAUAACAACCCCGGCUGCUCCAUGCCCACCCCUAACUUCAGCUCUUGGGUUGCGAACAUCGCCAACACCCCUUCCUCCAAGGCAAAGAUCUUCCUCGGCAUUCCCGCCUCCGCAGAUGCCGCCACCGGCACCGCCUCCGGCGCGCAAUACUACGUUGAACCCAGCGCUCUGGCAACCAUUGUCAGCGGUAUUGGCGCCAACAGCACUUCUUCUGCCUUCGGCGGUAUCAUGAUGUGGGACGCUGGUUUCUCCGACGGCAAUGUGGAGGGUGCCUGCACUUUCGCCCAGGAGACUAAAUCUAUCCUCACUAAUGGGGCGCCCUGCUAA